AUGAAGCCGUGUGGGAGACUAGUUCUUCAAAUGGCUCGAAGAAUGGGCUCUUGUGAACAAAAAGUUUCAUCUUGUAGACAGUUCAGCUCUGAAGCAACUGCUCAUGAUAAUAUCAAAGUGGGAACGCUUUGUGAGAUGGAAUUGGCCGUUGCCAAGCAACUAAAUAUGAAAUCACAUUUACCAGCUCCGCUUUCAAAGCAAAUGGAUACGCUAGGAGAAAUAGUCACUCUUAUCCGCGAACCGAUUGCUGAAAUCGCUAGUUGUAUGCGUAUCGUUGAUAAGAACCUCCCCAAUCUUCGUCUUGUACUCUGGGGAGCAUUUGGAACAGGAAAAACGGUCACACUGAAUCAAGCUGUUCAUCAUGCAUACACAAAUAAGUGGGCCAUUGUUCAUCUUCGUAGUGCUAUGGAACUCACGAGAAGAGUAAAGGAGAUUGAGAUGUCAUCAUUUGUUUCGGGGCGCAUCAACGACCCAUCGAACGCCGUAGCUAUUCUUCAGAACUUUAAACAACAAAACCAACACAUCUGGAAAAUACUCGGUGUUCUUCUUACUGAAAAGGAUUACGAAUGGUCAAAAAGCGAGCGUACCUUGAAAGGCAAACCAAUCACGGAAAUUAUCGAAAUGGGAAUUUCGGCUCCGUUCCUAGCUAGCGAUUGUGUUGGAGCAUUAUUCCGGGAGCUUCGACGACAUGCUAAAGACGACAAGCUCAAAGUUCUUGUUGCUAUCGAUGAUGCGAAUUCAUUAUGGGGAAAAACAUUGGUGAAGAGAGCUGAUAGAACUUAUGCGCCACCAUCAGAUCUAACUUUGGUUGUACAUUUCCGUCGAAUGAUCUCCAAUGACUGGACCAAUGGAUGCGUUCUGAUGGUUGCUGAUAAGAAAGAGGUUGCCGACGCAAGAGAUGAGCUUGGUGUUUCAAGGCAUACACCGUUAGAGUUGUUCGGAGAAGAAGGAUUCGAAUUCGUUGAGCCGUUUGUUCCAAUUGAAACGACGAAUUACACAGAAAGUGAGACAGAUGCACUUUAUAACUACUAUGUGAACAAAAACUGGUUGGCGUCAAAAGCAGCUCGAAGCGAAGAGGGAAGAAAACAACUCAUGCAUCUCAGCGCAUUCAAUCCGUACUACUACGAGAGAUUAUGUGCAUUCAAUUGA